GGCGAGGGGCGGGCCGACUCUCGGGCCUGAGAAACUGUCGCGUUUCUGGGAGACGCCUCAGCUGGCAGUUACCACCACGCUAGGAGCCUGCGGACCGGCCACCUCCACCACCGGUCAUCAUGGGGGCUGUGCUGGGGGUCUUCUCCCUCGCCAGCUGGGUUCCGUGCCUGUGCAGCGGGGCCUCCUGUUUGCUGUGUAGCUGCUGUCCGAACAGUAAGAAUUCCACAGUGACGCGCCUCAUUUAUGCUUUCAUCCUCCUCCUGGGCACUGCUGUGUCCUGUAUCAUGCUGACAGAAGGCAUGGAAACUCAGCUGAAGAAGAUUCCUGGAUUCUGCGAUGGGGGCUUUAAAAUCAAGAUGACUGAUAUAGCGGUGGAUAAAGACUGUGAUGUGCUGGUUGGUUAUAAAGCUGUGUAUCGCAUCAACUUUGCCUUGGCCAUCUUUUUCUUUACCUUCUUUGUGCUCAUGUUGAAAGUAAAAACAAGUAAAGACCCCAGAGCAGCAGUACACAACGGGUUUUGGUUCUUCAAAAUUGCUGCCAUCGUUGGAAUCAUGGUUGGAUCUUUCUACAUUCCUGGGGGCUCUUUCACCACAGUCUGGUUUGCUGUUGGCAUGGGAGGGGCUGCCUUCUUCAUCCUUAUCCAGCUGGUGCUGUUGGUAGACUUUGCUCACUCUUGGAAUGAAUUAUGGGUAAACCGAAUGGAAGAAGGAAACCCAAGACUCUGGUAUGCUGCUUUACUGUCUGUCACAAGCUUGCUUUAUAUCCUGUCAAUCAUCUUCGUUGGGCUGCUCUUCACAUACUACACCAAACCAGAUGGCUGCACAGAAAACAAGUUCUUCAUCAGUAUCAAUCUGAUCCUUUGCGUUGUGGUUUCUGUCAUAUCGAUCCAUCCAAAAAUUCAGGAACACCAGCCUCGCUCUGGCCUCUUACAGUCCUCUAUCAUCACCCUCUAUACCAUGUACCUCACGUGGUCGGCCAUGUCCAAUGAACCUGAUCGUUCCUGCAACCCCAGCCUGCUGAGCAUCAUUUCACAGAUAACCGCACCAACGGUGGCUCCCGGAAAUUCAACUGCUGUGGCCCCUACCUCUCCUCCAGUGUCAAAGACUGGGCAUUUCCUGGAUUCAGAGAGUGUUAUUGGCCUGAUGGUCUUUGUUUUCUGCCUUUUGUAUUCUAGCAUCCGCAAUUCCAACAACAGCCAAGUGAACAAGCUGACCCUGUCAGGGAGCGACAGCGUGAUCCUUGGUGAUACAACUGCUGGUGCCAGCGAGGAGGACGAUGGACAGCCUCGGCGGGCCGUGGACAACGAGAAGGAGGGAGUGCAGUACAGCUACUCCUUCUUCCACUUCAUGCUCUGCCUGGCUUCCUUGUACAUCAUGAUGACCCUGACCAGCUGGUACAGCCCUGAUGCAAAGUUCCAGAGCAUGACCAGCAAGUGGCCAGCCGUGUGGGUCAAGAUCAGCUCCAGCUGGGUCUGCCUCCUCCUCUACGUCUGGACCCUCGUGGCUCCCCUCGUCCUCACCAAUCGGGACUUCAGCUGAACCUCGGAGUGCCAAGGACACCACUGAAAUUCAUAAAGGUCUCCUUUGCCGAAAACCAUAUCCCUUAUAAGUUUGCUUCAACUAAAAUAUUAAGCGAACGCUUUGCAGAUUUGACUAUAUCCAGGUCCAUAUCAGGAGGCAAGAUUGAAUAAUGCUUAACGCAGAAUCUGAACUUUUCACUUAACAUGUACAUUAUGCUUAUUUGUAAGGACAUAGCUCAAGAAAACGUUUUUGUGUUUUAAAGUGAACUACAGCUGUGCUGUGAAGAGAGUUCUGUAUAAAGGUCUGUAGGUUCCUACAACUUUGGUUUAAAAUGUAAGGUUUAAAAUGUUGGAUAUUUGAGGCCAUCAUUAAUAUAUUUCUAUUGUAGUAUUCUUAAAAAGCAACAAAAAAGAAAAAAAAGAAAAAACACACACAAGCAAAAAAGCGCUCCAAAUAGCAACACAAAAAGGUAUUUACAUGACAGUUUUCUGCUGUGAGAGUCCUCAUUGUGUGAUGUAAACACUGUUCAGUGCUUAAACUCUGAGGAGGUGUGUAGCCCACAGUCCUGGGGGAAGGAUUGUGUAUGUGGGUCCUUCCCCAGAAGGGUGGUUGCUGAUAUGACUACUGCUUCUACAUCUUAAGUUUUUUUAUUUACUUUUUUAACAUUACAUCGAUGCUGCCUGAUUCAUGUCUGUGGUUUGGCCAGAUAUGUUCAUUUCAAUUAAUGCUUUGUAGGUUUGGUUAAAAUGAAGAUUCACUUCGGCAAACACUGCAACUUUAAUCUACAUAAUUAUCUUGUUAUGAGUAUGUUAAAAGUCAAAUGCAUGUGAAUUUAUUAUAUUUGCACUAUAAAGGUAUUUAAUUAAAAAAGAAAGACAUUAAGCUUUUAAGGUUCUUUCUUUAACAGCUUUUAUAAAUUAGCAGCCAUUCUUGUUUUCUGAACAGUCAGGUUAUCAGGCAUCUAGUCAGAAAGUUUCCAUUCCUUCUAAAGCUUAGGGUCUGACUGGUGAGCAAAAUCUUGAACUCAUCCCAAAAUGAUCCUUGGUAUCUUCUCUGGGUAGGAUACUUGGGUAGAUAUGAGACAGGUAAGGCACUGUCAGGAAGCGUAUUCCUGAGAGGCAGCGUGCAGGGAAGUGCCACAGAACAGGUCAUUUUCCCAGGAGUUUACCAAGUGUCUGUUCUGCACCAGGCACUGGAUUCUGGGCACGACUUUCAACAUGACAGACGCACACAGGCUCUGCCAUCUUAGACUCAAUCGUUUAGAGGAGCGUGAAAAUAAGCUGAUAAUAAAAUAAGUGAUUAUAAUGUGGUGAAUUAGUGUCGUGAUUUAGGAAUUGUAGAGGACUCAGAGAAAGUGAUGCGUAAGCCAGGAACUUUGGGAGUUAGCUAAGAGAGGGAUGGGAAGGUGGGGUGACAUUGCGGACAGGUAGGUAAAACUGCAUGUUGAAGGAAACAGGAAAAACAAUAUUCAUGAAGGCUGGAGUAUGGAGAGUAGGCAGGGACUGAGGUAUGAAAGGUUGUGUGGACCCCAGUAAAGAGUUGGGACCUUACCUUGAGGACAGCAGAGAGCAUAUGUGCAGGGACACAAACUGUCUGUGGUCACUUUGGCUGGGUACAGAGUGAACAUAGAGCAGUGUGACCAGGGCAGUCCCUGUGGGAUGAAGGUGGGGACGGGGAGAAAGCGACUGCUCAGAGCUGCCCAAUGAAUUGAAUCAUUACAUUGGCAAUGAGCUCAUCUCGCAAAAUGCUAAACCCAUUUUAAAGCACUGAUGGCAACUGCUCAUCUCAAACGGGGCUAAACCAGCCUGGAUAAUAUUCGAAGGUCAGAGAUGCUCAGCCAGUCUGAUGGGAGCCGAAUUCGAGGCGUUCUCGCAGAACUAAACAGAUGAACAUAGAGGGUGGAGGGUGGGGAUAGGAGAGCAGAGCUUUGAAUUGUUGGGACCCUUUCCUCUUUCACACUAGUGACUUAUAUCAGGGUAUGGAGAUAACGUUGCAAGGGAUUUGUGGAGCAGACGGGGAGGUUUAGUCCUUGUUUGCCAGUGUAAAGCAUUUGCCCCAUUUUCCUUAAUAGCAGGGGAGCCAGAAAGAGCAUUAAAAUUCCCACACUUCAGAGCAUUAUAGUGCCCCAUCCUCCGCCUUAUGUAAUUCCAAAUAAAAGCAAUACUAAACUGUAAAAUAAGUGUAACAAAGUCCAAUAAAGUUUUUAUUUUUUCUCAUGGUAA